UCUCAAAAACAUAAACAAAAAAUGGAUCCAGUUCAUAACGAUAAUAAUAAUGAUGAUGAUGAUGAUAACGAUUUGAAUGGAACGACGGUUAAUGGUCCGAAUAAAUUCUCUACACAUGAACAAGAAUGUAUUGAUUAUAUUGAAUCAACAAUACCGGCCAAUGUUAUAAUCAAUGAUACCGAUGAUGAUGAUAUGGAUGAUGAAGAACGUUUAAAUUAUGAACGUAAAUUAUGGAAUUAUUUCCAAAGUUCAGCCAUGGCCAUUGCUCAAUUAUACUCAAGAGACAAUUUAUCCACAGCUCACAAUGUUUGGAGCACAUUUCAACAAGCAUCGACCAGUGUAACCUGUCUAUAUAAAGAGAGUAGUGAAUUUCAUCGUAAACAUUAUGAUCGAUAUCGUCAGAUUGGCUAUCAUAAACGUACGAAAGAAUUAUUGAAUUGGAUUAAAAAGAAAAAGAAUCUAAUUAGACGUGAAGAAUUGAUUGCGUUUCUCGGUGGAAAUGGUAGUCCAUAUCACUAUCAUUCUCAUCACCUUAAUAAUCACCAUCAUCAUCACACAGUACAUCGAUCAAAUCGAUCCGGUACUCGAACGACAUCAAAUCAUAAUUUUCGUUCAUCAAAUCUAAACAACAACAACAAUAAUAAUAGUAUAUUGAAUCGUUUGGAUUUGGUAUCCAAAUUGACACUAUCUCCUGAUAAUAAUAAUGAAUCAGAUAAUGAUUCAAUCAACAACAAUAAUGUUGAACCGAAUUUAGAAACAUUUAAAGAAGCACUUCACAUGCGUAAUCCGUCCGUAACAUCGAUGGUAACAAAUCAAACAAACCAGAAACGAAAUAAUCAUGAUUCACAUAAUAAUAAUAAUAAUCAUCAUCAUGAAGAUUUACAUGAAUUUGUUGAUCAACAAUUUCAUCGCCAUAAUGAAUCACGUAAACGUACAUCAUCGAUGGACAUCUGUAUGGUUGAUUCAUCGUUGAACAAUAAUAAUAAACGAACGAAAUUCUAUUAGAAGAAUUAUAAGAAUAAACCUUGGUCAUCGUUUAUUAUUGUGUCGUAAUUUUUUUUUUGCUCUUUUAUCUUUUCAUUAGAAUUUUUUUUCUUAUGUAAUAAUUCACAGAAAAUAAGUAAACAAAACAUGAAACCACUAAAAGAGGUUUCAUAUUUUCGAUUCGAAUUUCUGAAAAUGGAAAUUCUGAAUGUUAAAUAAUAUAUUUUAUUGUUAUAUUCAAUUUUUCCACACACACACACACACACAAUUGUAACGUGUAUAGGGUUCUAUGUUUUUUUUUCACUUUUUCAUUCAUUCAUUUAUUCGGGGUUAACACACACACACACACACAAAAACAAGUAAACAAAUAAGCAAUAAUGGCCAAAAUAAUCAAUAAUCAUCGUGUUAUUUUUUU